AUGGGGAUGUCCGAGGGAGGGAAGCAGGUUGCAGGAUUGGUGGCCGCCACCGAGCUCCCUGUCCUUCCGUUCUUCCCUCCCACUGGCCACAGUGGCACAGCCUGGCAGAGGAUUCCCGUCCACGACCGGUGGGAAGAUGCCCGGCAGUGGCCGGGGCGCAGCAGGAGCCACAAGCCGAGAACGACGUCUCUGGGGCUGGCAGCCACUCUGCCUGGACAUGAGAGCGGCAAGCGGCAGCGGCAGCGCUACGUGACAAAGGUGGGCAAGUGCCAGGUGAACUUGGGCAACAUCCAGGACAAGAAGAGGUUCCUCUCGGACAUCUUCACCACCAUUGUGGACCUCAAGUACCGCUGGUUCCUCUUUGUCUUCAUGAUGUGCUACAUUGUCACCUGGGUGGUCUUUGGCUUCAUCUACUUCUUCGACGCCUGGGUGCGGGGUGACGUUGGGCACCAGGGCGAUCCUGAGUGGCAGGCAUGCAUCGAGAACGUGGACGGCUUCAUCUCUGCCUUGCUCCUCUCAGUGGAAAGCCAGCGGACCAUCGGCUACGGCACCCGGAUGGUGACAGCCAACUGCACCGAGGGUGUCAUCCUGCUGAUGGCUCAGUCCAUCGUGGGCUCCAUGAUUGACGCCAUGAUGGUGGGCUGCAUGUUUGUCAAGAUCUCCCGGCCCAAGAAGCGCGCCCAGACCCUCAUCUUCAGCAAAAACUGCGUUAUCUCCCGCCGUGACGAGAAACUCUGCCUGAUGUUCCGCGUGGGGGACUUGCGGGAAAGCCACAUGGUGGAUGCCAAGAUCCGGGCAAAGUUGAUCAAGUCCCGGCAGACAGCCGAGGGGGAGUUCAUUCCCCUGGAGCAGUCAGAGCUGAACCUGGGCUACGACACAGGGGAGGACCGUCUGUUUCUGGUGGAGCCCCAGAUCAUCUGCCAUGUUAUCAACCGCCACAGCCCCUUCUGGGACAUGUCGGCCGAGUCGCUGCGCCGGGAGCAGUUCGAAAUCAUCAUCAUCCUCGAGGGCAUUGUGGAAGCCACAGGAAUGACGUGCCAAGCCCGCACCUCCUACACGGAGGACGAGAUCCUCUGGGGAUACCGCUUCGAGCCCUGCAUGUCCCUGGAGAAAGGCGCCUUCCAUGUGGACUACAGCCGCUUCGAGAUGACCUUCGAGGUGCAAACGCCGGUGGCCAGCGCCAAGGAGCUGCACGAGCUGAAGGAGCUGGAGCAGCAGGAGCACUCCACGCUCACCCUGCCCCGGCCCCCCCGCAUGGCGCUUCCCUGA